GGUGAGCUUCCCGGCGCGCGGGGGGCAGAGCGGCUUCCGGUCCCGGCUCAGCCUCCGACCCAGGUGGUCUGGAGCCUGCCGGGAGAGUGGUGGCAUCUGAGAGGCCGGUCGUGGACUGUGGUUGGGGGAGGUGGGAGCUGUUUUAACCGUGUGCCCCCUCUCCUGUGCCGGCGUGGGCAUCCCCCGGGGCAGUGGAACGCGGGCGCUCCUCCAGCUUCCGAGUCCAGCCAGCCUGGGCGCGGGGCGCCGCCCCCGACACCCGAGGAGUCCGUUCCUCCCUGGUUACGUGGACUGUGGAGCUGGUCUCUUGUGGCGCAGCGCCGUGCGGAGGUUGAAGCGUACCUGCGGAGGUCGCACCAGGGCGUGAGGAGGAGGAGGAAGGGCAUGAGCCGAGCUUGAGGAAUCCGUGCUCCAAACUCUACACUCAAGGGUGGCCCUUGGGUAGGGUGAAGAUCCCCUGUCUUUAUCCUAGUUCCCCACCUUGGUGUGGGUUACUGGUUGCAGGAUGAACUGUCGCUCGGAGGUGCUGGAGGUGUCGGUGGAGGGGCGGCAGGUGGAGGAGGCCAUGCUGGCUGUGCUGCACACGGUGCUUCUGCACCGCAGCACAGGCAAGUUCCACUACAAGAAGGAGGGCACCUACUCCAUUGGCACCGUGGGCACCCAGGAUGUUGACUGUGACUUCAUCGACUUCACUUACGUGCGUGUCUCUUCUGAGGAACUGGAUCGUGCCCUGCGCAAGGUUGUCGGGGAGUUCAAGGAUGCACUGCGCAACUCCGGUGGCGAUGGGCUAGGGCAGAUGUCCUUGGAGUUCUACCAGAAGAAGAAGUCUCGCUGGCCUUUCUCAGACGAGUGCAUCCCAUGGGAAGUGUGGACGGUCAAGGUGCAUGUGGUAGCCCUGGCCACGGAGCAGGAGCGGCAGAUCUGCCGAGAGAAGGUGGGUGAGAAACUCUGCGAGAAGAUCAUCAACAUCGUGGAGGUGAUGAAUCGGCAUGAGUACUUGCCCAAGAUGCCCACACAGUCGGAGGUGGAUAACGUGUUUGACACAGGCUUGCGGGACGUGCAGCCCUACCUCUACAAGAUCUCCUUCCAGAUCACUGAUGCCCUGGGCACCUCAGUCACCACCACCAUGCGCAGGCUCAUCAAAGACACCCUUGCCCUCUGAGCGUCGCUGGAUCUCUGGGAGCUCCUUGAUGGCUCCCAGACCUUGGCUUUUGGGAAUUGUACUAUUGGGCCUUUGGGCUCUGGAACCUGCUCUGGGUCAUUGGUGAGACUUGGAAGGGGCAGCCCCCGCUGGCAUCUUGGUUUUGUGGUUGCCAGCCUCUGGUCAUCCUUUUAAUCUUUGCUGACGGUUCAGUCCUGCCUCUACUGUCUCUCCAUAGCCCUGGUGGGGUCCCCCUUCUUUCUCCACUGUACAGAAGAGCCACCACUGGGAUGGGGAAUAAAGUUGAGAACAUGAGUUUGGGCUGA